UUGAAAAUGAACUGAAGGAGUGUGAGCCUUCAGAGCCGAGUCAGUGAUUCAGCUCAGUCAGUCCGACGAGAGGACGCAGCUGCUCGGUCAAAGACCCUUUUACGCAUCGGAGGAACUACCUGGAAACGCAACUGUUGGCACUGUGACAUCAAGGAACCAGCCGUUUCCCUCUCUAAAUCCUCCUGGAAUAUUCUGCUUGAUUUUGGCAACUCACUUUUAAAUUACUAGUUAAAACCCGGAGUGCAUCUCUCAGCAGAAUGAAGGGAUGUAUUAUUGUGGCACUGCUAGUCGCCACCGUCUCAGCGACCAAGUUAAAUGUACCACGACUGAGACUGUCAUACAAAGACCUGCUGUCCACCAACAGGUCGUCUAUCUUCAGCGGUCACCACGGCCAGCUCUCUCUUAGCGCCGUCUUCCUCGAUGAGUACCGGGACCGCCUAUUCCUUGGAGGGAAAGAUAUCCUGUAUUCUCUCCUGAUGGGACCCACCAGCAGUGAGUCCAAAGAGAUUUACUGGCCCCCAUUACCUGGCAACAGAGAGGACUGCAUUCAGACGGGAAAGGAACAACAGACUGAGUGUGCCAACUUUGUUCGCCUUCUGCAGCCCUACAACCGCACCCACCUCCUGGCCUGUGGCACCGGUGCCUUCCAGCCCAUGUGUGCCUUCAUUAACGUGGGGCACAGAGGAGAGCAUGUGUUCACCAUGGAUCCUACAAAUGUGGAGAAUGGACGAGGGAAGGUUCCACAUGACCCCAGCUACCCCUUCGCUAGCACCUUCAGUGGUGGGGAGCUGUAUACAGGACUGACAGCAGACUUUCUGGGUAGAGACUCUGUGAUCUUCAGGAGUAUGGGAGAUCGCUCCACCAUGAGGACAGAGACUGACCAGAAACUUCUCCAUGACCCUAAGUUCAUAGCUGCGCACCUCAUCCCAGACAACGACGACAGAGACAACGACAAAGUUUAUUUCUUCUUCACCGAGAAGGCCACGGAGGCAGGGGACAGGGAGGGGGCCAUACACACACGUGUUGGACGAGUGUGUGCGAACGAUGUUGGAGGUCAGAGAGUGCUAGUGAACAAAUGGAGUACUUUCAUAAAAGCCAGACUGGUCUGCUCUGUCCCGGGACCUCACGGCAUUGACACACACUUCAACCAACUGGAGGAUGUUUUCUUGCUGAGGACCAAGGAUGAGAGGAACCCAGAUGUUUAUGCAAUCUUCAGCACCAUCAGUAAUGUAUUCCAGGGUUUUGCCGUGUGUGUGUACCGAAUGGCUGACAUCAGAGAAGCCUUCAACGGACCCUUCGCUCAUAAAGAAGGCCCUGACUAUCAGUGGGGGGCCUAUGAAGGCAGGGUCCCUUAUCCAAGACCAGGCGUGUGCCCUAGUAAAAUCACCAACCAGCCAGGCAGAGAGUUUGGCAGCACAAAGGACUUCCCUGAUUCAGUGCUGCAGUUUGCCCGCAGCCACCCAUUGAUGUGGCGGCCGGUGUUUCCCGCUCUGCGUCAGCCUGUGCUCGUAAAGGCCAACAUGCCUUACAAGCUGAAACAAAUCGUGGUUGACCGGGUUGAGGCGGAGGACGGGCAGUAUGACGUAAUGUUCAUUGGAACAGACGUUGGCACAGUAUUAAAGGUCAUUGCUCUACACAGUGGGAACAGCCUAGAAACAGAAGAGGUCACACUGGAGGAGCUUCAAGUCUUCAAAGUGCCAACCCCAAUUACAUCGAUGGACAUAUCUGUAAAAAGGCAAGCACUGUAUGUGGGCUCGCCUGCAGGUGUGGCGCAGGUGAAGCUGCACCGCUGUGAGACUUAUGGGAAUGCCUGCGCCGAAUGCUGCCUGGCCAGAGACCCUUACUGCGCUUGGGACGGAUCAUUGUGUGCAAGCUACAUGCCCAACAGCAAACGACGCUAUCGCAGACAGGAUAUUAGGCACGGAAACCCUGUGCUGCAGUGUGUGGACCAGAAUAUGAGUGAAGACCUUGAUGUGACAGAAGACAGGGUUGUGUAUGGGACAGAGAACAACAGCACCUUUCUGGAGUGUGUUCCUCGCUCUCCGCAGGCUACAGUUAGUUGGCUAGUCCAACGUGAUGACCGCAAGGAGGAGGUAAAUCUUGAUGACCGCGUGAUGUCUACAGAGCAGGGCCUCCUGUUUCGUCGCCUCUUCCGCCAGGACGAAGGCGUGUACAUCUGCCGCUCCAGAGAGCAUGGAUUUACACAGACCCUGGCCCGUCUAACCCUCGAAGUCCUCCAGGGGGAGACUGUGGAUGAGCUCAUGGCACGGGACAACGCCGGCCUCUCCGAUGCGUUCAAAGACCGGUCCGCAGGAAGCUACCGGGCCUGGAUGCCUUGUAGCACAUACAGCAGGGGCGGCUCGUCAAGCCAAAUUGGCCAAUCGCGCACAUGGUUCAAGGAUAUCAUGCAGCUGAUCGGGCCGUCGAACCUGCCCCACGUUGAGGAGUACUGCGAGAGGAUGUGGUGCAAUGACAAGCUGAGGAGGAAACACAAAAGCAUGCUGGAGAAAUACCGGCAAGCGCAGGAGAGCGCUAGGAAGGCUCGUAGCAAGAGCUCCGGCGAACGCAACAGGACGCCGAGGGAUCUCAGUGCCUGGGAGGAGUAACUUAAAGAAAGUGAGCAGGGCAUAUAGGAGAAAAAUGAAAGACAAAGGAAAGUAGAACAUUUGCUGCAAAGGAUAAGAUAAAAUGGGCAGCAAAAAGGCCAGCAUCAAUUCCUAUUUGUGGAAACUCUAGCACUGAAAUUUCCAACUCCGAAGUGUUGGGUUUUCUGGAAUGAUGGCACAAAAGGGACUACUAAUGAACAGGUUGUUAUUGUGAAGUGGAGUGGAUGUUUUUGUUUAUAUCUAGACAUCCAAGGACUUCUCCUGCUCUUCUCACAAGUUUGCCAUUCUAUACUUUCACAGUUAGAAAUGACAGCUUUCAUUUUAUCAAGUAAAAUAAGACCUUCGCAACAAACAACGCAUGCCUGUGGACUAACUCUCUGAUGAAUCGUGUUAGCUCUUGGCAAAGUGGGCUUCAAAAGAGAGGAACAUCACAUUUACAUACUUUGCAUGCUUGGACUACAAAAUAGCAAGUCUGUCAAGGUCAGCCCUGAGACAAAGACACAUACACUUAUUUUCGAUUUGUUGUUUUCGUAUUUCUCACAAUGCAAUCACUGGAUUCAUCUUGUUCCCACUUGGUAUUUAAUGGUCCACGUUUCUUUCCCUGCUCUGCACUUGGGUUUCAAAAAAAGAUAUAUUCAUGUGUGACUUCAGCCAAGAAAAAACUGAGUUUGCAGUGUACUAGUUGCAACUAAUGCUUCCAGGGCAUUUGCCGCCUUUUUAAAUGCAUUGUACGUUAUGGCUCGACUUGCUUGGUCUGUUCUUUUUUAUUGUAGCAAAGGUUGAUAGCACCUGUUACUGUUUUUGAUUACGCCUUGGUUGAGGUUCCAAGUGAGUUGAACCAUACUAGGAGGCAAAAUUAAAAUAUCGGGAAGAAUCAUUUGGUUAGUUUAAUUUAAAAAAUGUGUUCCUUUGUUUGGUUGCCAAUAGAUCUAGCAAGAGCUGAAUUGAAAACACAACGCGUGGCAUGUUGCAGUGAAGAUUAUUUCAAGGCGGUUACAUGUGACUGAGAGGUUACGAUCAUAUGGGAACAGAAAAUUGAGAAAAGCAUCCAUUACCAAAAAAGUCGAGCCAAACCAUGCAGUUAAAAUGAAGCCUUUCUGUAUCUGAUCUCGCCACUGUACAUGCACACACACACAAACACACUGUUACAUGAACCGAAAGCCCACUCACCCAUCACACUGAAUGCAAGAGCUCAACUAGCUCAAACUGGAAGCUACCAUGAGACGACUGUUGAUGGUUCAACAGAUUAAAGGCACAUUGCUUUAUUUUUACUGUUGUGGGUUGAACUUUUCAUUCAAAACCAGCUACGGAUCAAGAUUCCUCCCAGACCGAACCUUAAGGGGAUAUUUCACAGUGGUAAACUUUCAUGCUUUGGGCACAUACCAUAAUAUCUCCUGGAAUGUAUCUAAUGGCCACAGUGGAUCGCUGAUGGUUGCUUCAAUGGGAUUUCUUAUAAAUUGAACCUCAACUCAAUUGGGAUUUUAAACACCAAUUACGCAUGCAAAUACUUACGUUCUAAAUGUUAUGUCUUUAGUAAACGCCAUCUUCAAAUAUAUUUUUCAAAAGACGGACCUCUUUGUCUCAGCCUCAUCUCACACUUCAAUCAUCUACUAAACUCAUUUUCCCACAGUUCCUCUGUAUGCUGUAGCUCGCUACUGACAAUAGAGGGAACAAAAGAAAGGGUCACCUCUAAUGGCCGACUCCUUUUGUGCUUUCUGCUUUGUAAACACUGGUUUUAUGACGGUUCAUGGUUUGAACACAUGAUACUCCACAUUGUUUUUCACUUCAGGUUUUGUUGUUCAAAUAUACUGUAACUUUUAUCAAAACUGAAAAGAGGUUUAUUUUACAAGGGACAGGUGGAAAUAGAAACAGAGGGUUGAAAACACAUACAAAAACAGGGUGAUGUAGUUAGGGUUAGGGUUAGCAACCUAUUGAGUUUACUUUUUAUAAAAUAAUUAAAAAAGAGAGGAGGACGGUAUAGACAGGUUACAGGGUUAUCAAAUCAAUUCCAAGCUUCAAUGUCAGUAAGGACUGUAUGUGGAGGACUGAAAUACAAUCAAGAGUUCCUUUUAAAACUAUCAGCAAUGUAACAAUUAGAAUAAAUUAAUGACGGCUUGGAAUUUCAUCGCGCAUUGAGCAACCCCUCCUGGCCCCAUCAAUGAGGGUGAGUGGAGAGUUGUGUGAAUGAUGGGUUGCAUAUACUUCACAGAACAAACAAAGUGUGUCUGUAAUGUGUCUUUGGUUAAAGUUGCCAGAUGGUACUUUUGAACUUCGUUCUAAUACAAGUCGAAGUACGUAAGCAAUCCAAGCUGAAAUUAUCCACAUUUAUAAUUUGACUGAUCAAAUGUUGGCUGUCAAGCAGUCAAGUAAUCAGUUUCCAAGUAUGAACUGGAUAAACACAUUCUUAAAGGAUCCAUUUGAUGGCAUAUAAGGAAACAUAAACAGCUGUUCACAGAAAGCUGAGAAGAACUGAGGACCUAUACCAAUAUGGCCGCUGAAGGGUAAAGUCCCUGUAAUGUGUACAUAUUAAAAAUCGCAUUGAUAUCCUGGGAGCCCUCUCACUGUUUAAAAUUAUCCAGGAAACAGCAUUAACACCUGUGAACCCGGUGACCCUUUUUAACCUUCAUGGCGUGUGAAUGGCUCCUGAGAGACAAAUAAAAGGGAGACAGAGUAAUUGAAGAAAACAAAGGGGAGAAAUGUUCAAAAAACAAGGUACUAUUAUCAUCUUGUGAAGACUUCCUUUAUAAAAUACUAUUACCUUUUAAAAACCAGUUUUGAAAAAUUUCAUCUGUAUAAAUUGAGUAUUUAGGAAAAAAUCCUCAGUUUGUACUGCACACUUAAACACACACAUUACUCUAGCAACGUUUAUUUUUCUAGAUUGAGGAUUGAGAGACCAGCUAUUAGAGUCCACUUAUGGUGUUUCCUUUAAAAAUAUUGCUUCUGAUGUAUAUCUAAACCGGUAAAAAAGAUGAUAGAGUGACAGGAGCAUGGUGUGCACAAAACAGAGAAACAGUUAGCAGGGUAAAAAAGAGACGCAAAAAUGUGUUUUAUGUUGUAGAUAACCUUCUUGACAGUUUGUUUUUAAUAAAAUUGUAACUUAAAUGUAGACUUCAUUCUUGUCAUGAUUUACACAUGAGCUACACAAUUACUUCUGUCUGGUCUGCUCUUGACUAUAAAAAUAUGUUUUUGAUGUGGUGGAAUCAUUUUGAUCAUGUGGGCCCAUUUUGAACCUACAUUACUGUCAUCAGGAAUUAAAAACUGUUAAAGGUAUGACUUUUGUUACUAUGAUUGCAAACUAAAAUGUUUCCAUUUUAAGCAAAUGUCCUCGAAAAAAAAAGCCAGACACCGCUUUUGCUGCAAAGUGAUUUGAUAGUUAAAGUGACACAAAAAUCAUACUAAAAGUUGAUUAUUAUGUGUUUUGCAAGGUAUGGACUUUUGAGUUGCUGACCAAAAAACAACUGCAAUAUGUUUAAAACACACAUUGUAAAUCCUUCAAAUGUAUUAGUUGUUGUAUAGUUGUACAAAAGUGUGAUGCGGUAUUUAAUCUCACACAUUUUUUAAAGCGUUUAAAUAGUCCACGAUCCAGCUGGUUCAGAGUAGUUUAGUAGUUUUUAAAUUUGAUUUCAAACACAUGGUAAACUUGCUGCACCUUUUUUCUUUUUUAAUAUUCACCUGUUGUAUUUUACAGUGUUGUAGAAUACUUGAUGGAUUUAUCAUUUGACAAAAACUCUACCAUGAUCCAUAUAUUGUGCCUAUUGGUAAAUCUGUAGCAGGGUUUCGCUCCUUUCAAACUUCACCAGCUGAUUGUACUAAUCACUGAUUGUCUGCACAGCUUCGCUACAUAAAGCAACAAAUAGGGUUCGUCUGGUUUGCACUGUGAAAGCAGAUACGGCAGCAAACACAUUUAGAAAAUAAAUCUUAUCCAUCUCAGGACCAAGAUGUCCAAGAACUUGGAAGGUCAGCUGUCCAAUAGGCACAAUAUAGUCAUCAUGAACUCAACACACAUUGGGAUUCAUGCAGAGCACUUAAUUUACUGAACAUACAAGCAACAACACUCUGUGUCCCUUUAAUUGUACUGUACAGUUGUGCUGGUUUUGGGGUCUAUGACAGAGCCUAAUUUGAUUGCAUAUUUAUGUUUUAUUUAAGUGUCUUUGUACCAUGCAUGCUAUGUACCUUUAUGCUUUUUAACAGCAUUAAAAGUUGAUUUUCUAACAGAAAGUUAUCCUUGAGUGAGUGUUUGUAGUAAUAAGUAAUAUCACUUACCCAAACAACCAAUAGAAUAUAGUAUUGUCUGCUUUCAUUCAUUAUUUCUAGUUGUGUUUUUGUCUUUCUUUCUAUAGACAUGGCCCGAAAUGUUAAAUGUAUACUUUAAAAAAAUGGCAUUUAAGGGGUAUCAGAUCAGAAACACUUUUAGGGGAACCUAACCUUGGGGUCAAAACAUAAAUGCUACUCCCUAUAAUGAAGUUACAAUAAAAAAAAAAGUGUAUCUGUGCAAA